AAAGUUCAUUCGGAAAAGACGUCAUGACGUCAUAAAAAACAAUGGUGCCUAAAACUGCAUAGUUGACGAAAAAAUAUGAGUUAAUUUGUGAUCAGAUUAUUUCUGCAAAUGCCUAGAGUGGUCCAAGUACCCUCAGAAGAUACGGGGGUUAAUGUGUGCAAUGCUGACUCGAGUGAAAACGAAGAUACAGUAAACAGAAACUUCAAUCAGACUAUUAAUUUUUCACAAGAAUCUGUCACAACUUACAUAAGGUUUCCGAUCAACUAUUCUCUAUACAAUGUUACGUAUUUUGAAUCAGAAAAUGACCCGUAUUGUUUAAGAUGCGUCAUAGGUGGUCGGGUGAAAAAGUUUAAAAAAGAUGCAAGGACAUGGCUCCAUAAAUCGAGCGACAGAAAAAGGAAAAUGGGCGAGGAGACGAGUCCAAGAUAUGGAAUAAAUGCUAGUAAUGCAACAGCAAAUAAAAAUCUAAAAUUAGUAUCGGAGGCACAACAGAUAAUUUCGUGUGGCGGGACGUAUAGGUUCACUACCUAUAAAACAGAUGCUGGCAACGAUGUACUUAGCGAUAUAUCCUCCCUUGGAGACUCUGAAGCUGACCUUACAUACUCGGAAGAGUCCUCUCCAUCUUUGACAAGUGAAACACGAGAAAAAUACCAGAAAUCUGUUCGGUUCGAUCACAAUAUUAAUGAAAGAUACCGCA